UGUUAUGCUAAGGUCAGAAAGGACUUGGCGGCACUCGCUGGUUUAUCUCAUCAGUUGAAGAAUAUUCCUUACCCUGGCGUCGAUCGCUGAGAAGGUGCACUAUUGGCUACUGACGUGCAUAAUACUUUGUUACAUUCACAACAGUGUUGCUGUGGUAAUCCGCGCAGUGCUGAACCUCUCUAUUCACUGUGCAACUGUAUCAUACAGCUAUCAAAACUGACUGGGGUAAGAGAAUUAUGUAUGUACGAAAAAUGAGAUGAAUGUUGAAGAAACAAUAGUUGACUACGAGGGCUGAGUGCGUCAGUUCGAGCAAUUGUUUUCCGGAUUUCAAUCUGGCGAUGUGUUGUGUAUCGGACAUGCAUAAUCUUACCACCCUAUCCGACUUUUCGGCCGACGAAAAAAUCGAGAAGUAGUUUAACAACUCCUAAAACUAGUAGAGAACGAGUACGUGUACAUGUUGGUGACUGGUUUACCCAUCCUUAGUUAGGCCAAAUAAUAAUUGCCAGGGAAUUUCGAUGUGGUUGACUGAAGUUUGUUUUCAAGUCAAACAACACGUGUACAUGUAGUUAUAAACUGAUUGAAGUCACACUGUGAUUUUUGCAUUUUCUUGUAAACCCCCAAAAGCAGUUUUACGAAUCACGUCCUUCGUGACUGAUCUGAUUGAGGCAGUAAGUGUUGGUCACUGAAAUCUGGUCCAUGUAAGUCAGCUAGUACUGGACACUGCAGCCGUAGACCUUCCAACAUUGGGUUGUGCAUUGCAGUACGGAAAUGUAUUAUUCAUGAUCCCGGAUUUCAUCUAGCACGGCUGUAGAUAUUCUGUACAGUGAUCAUAUAGUUCCAUGUAGUAUCUGAUCUGUUGCAUGUGUGUGUGUGUGUGUGUAUGUAUGUAUGUGUGUGUGUGUGUGUGUGUGUGUAUGUAUGUAUGUGUGUGUAUGUGUGUGUGUGUAUGUGUGUGUGUGUGUGUGUGUGUGUGUGUGUGUGUGUGUGUGUAUUUUGCCGCACUGUGUGUUAUUCUCUACAGACCGGCAGUACGUAAUCUUCAGAGAAAUUCUCAGUAAUCCACACCAUACACUGUAUGCUAUACACCCGUGUACUACUGAAUAUACAACAUCACCAGGAGAACAUGUUUGCUUCAAAGUUACAUGUCAAUCUCAAGACUGUCAGUAAGUUUGUUCAGCGUGGUUAUGCUGUGAGUGUACAGAGCCGGUUAGUCCAGUCAACCAGCGGAUCAAGGUUAUGUGUUGCUAGCAAGGUGACUCAGACAUCAGCACAGUCCAGACAGUCAGUUAGGUGGAGAUCAGAUCAGUCUGGUCGUCAAGUCACUACGGUACAUGAUGCUGUUAAUGCUAUUGAGUCCAUCUUUCAUAGCAUAAGGAAGAAACGCACAUUUCAACCCGCCAGUGAACUGAUAUCACAAUGUUCUCUCAUCCAACGUCAUAUCACUGCACUACGGAGUUCAAACAAGAUCACGAACAUCCUUGAGGCAUGUGCUCUUGUAAAUGAGGAGAACGCUGAUGUGAAAAAGCUUACAGAGUCUUUACUUAAUCAGCUAGCCAGCCUACCUACUGAACUCUGGCAAGAAGGCAAGAACCAACACACGCUGUUAUGGGCAGUGUACUGGGCCGCAAAGUGCCGAUGUGCAACUCCAGGAUUCACGAAGUUGCUGCAGCAGCAGCUUGAUGUCAUGUGCAUUGAGGAAUGUAGAGAUGUUGGUCAGUGUGCACAUGCAUUGGUUAUGUUGAAUAUGCCUGAUCGUCACCUGGCCCAACACUUUAUGAAUCGCUACCUGUCCAUACACAGUACAGGUGAUUCCAAGCAUCGUCAUACUGAAGUACUCUCACUACUUCUCUACUGUACACUGUGUGGUGUAGAGUGCAGUGCCUUGCUGAAGCUGAUCAGUGUUAAUCAUCUGACACAGAAGUGCAGUCCUCGCCUUGUGCAACUGCUAUAUUUGCACAACACCCUCCCUGUGACUAACGACCAGCAGCUACAGAUAUUGGAAAGAUGUUUGGUGUGGUUCCAGAAGGAUGUGACAAGUCGGCAGUCAGGUCGAAUGUAUGACAUGCUGUCAUACUUCAUUGGCCCAAAGUACACCACUGGCAUAUCUCUGGUUGAUGGUGUGAAAGUUCAGGCAUUCUGCAUAUUCAACCAAGACCAUGAACCAGUGGAGACUUAUGCGUAUCCAGCUGAUGUAUACAAUGGUGUAUCAGUAGAUAUGACUGCAGCUAGACGUCAUGGUUUCAGUGUUGUGGCAUGUAAGGGUGUGAGUGACACUCAGUUGCUACGUCAUCCUGUACGUACACCUAACGGAUAUGAUACUCUUCGGGCAUCGGCGCUGAAAUCUCAAGGAUGUUAUAUUAUUCCGAUGGUACUCAAAUAUGGAGCUCGGCACUCACAGAAAAGCAGCCACACUAUCCCGGAUUUGCUGAUCAAUUAUCCGUAUCACAUCACCGUGUUCAAAGACCUGUUACCCGCCAAGCAGUGAUGAACAUACACAUUGAUGUCGUAGUUUACAUGAUGAUAUCUCUGAACAGCAGAAUACAAAGCCGAAUUGUGCAGGGAGUGUGUUAUAUUAUUUGAGACUGGAAUAUUUUUCUCUAGUGAUUGAAGUUUUAAUUUCUCCGAUUCCUUGCUGUUUUUUCUGCUGAGCUGAACACUGAGGAAGUUGGUGCUGCGUCUUGUUUAAUUCCACUCCAUUGGCUGAGUAGCUGAGUAACCGAGUAACGGAGUAACUGAGUACAGCCGAUGUGAGAGGGUAGUGCUGCUAGUGCUAGUGUAGUAUGCGUGUUGAUUGUGUUUUUGAAAUCAAGGCAUUGUUGAGUUUGUGCGUGAAUGUUUGCGUGUCUGUGCAUUCAAUUCCCAUAUUUUUCUUUGUGCGUGCUUAUACAAUCA